UUCGUUUUGACCAAAACACAAGUCGUAGGGCAGAUUGCGCGGUCACGUGCUGCCCCUGUGUGAGAAGACACGUUGUCUCUUAGUCCAUUUCAGUUCUAAGUUGACGUGUUGUAGGAUUUUAUGAGCAGUUGUUUCAUAGGCACUUUAGAAUUAGACGUAGUUACGUGUAAUAGCAUGCCUUGCCAUAAUCAACAGGUUGCACGUGGCAGUAAGUGUGAGCAGAGCACAGUGAAGCAGGUGCGUUUUGCCAAUGGCGAUGGUUCUGACAGUGAGUCGGUGGAGAAACAGAGUGAAGCCGCAGUAAACAGCGACCCCCCGAUCCAGCUGAAGCUUUUACCCCUCACUGACCAAAUCCGUGAACUACAGACCAUAAUCAGGGACAAAACCACAAGUAGAGGGGACUUUGUGUUCUGUGCUGACAGACUGAUUAGACUUGUAGUUGAAGAAGGAUUAAAUCAGCUGCCUUAUACGGAGUGCACAGUGACAACACCUACAGGACAGAAGUAUGAAGGUGUCAGAUUUAAGAGAGGCAACUGUGGUGUCAGUAUAAUGAGAAGUGGUGAAGCGAUGGAGCAAGGCUUGAGGGACUGCUGCCGAUCUAUCCGCAUCGGCAAGAUUCUUAUACAGACUGAUGAGGAGACGCUGAAAGCUAAAGUAUACUACGCAAAGUUCCCUCCGGAUAUUUACAGACGCAAAAUCCUGCUCAUGUAUCCUAUCCUGAGUAGUGGGAAUGCCGUCAUCGAAGCAGUCCGAGUGCUGAUCGAUCACGGCGUCCAGCCUUCACACAUCAUUCUCCUGAGCCUUUUCUCCACCCCUCAUGGGGUUAAUUCCAUAGUUGAAGAGUUUCCAGAAAUCACCAUCCUGACCACUGAAGUCCAUUCUGUAGCUCCAACUCACUUUGGACAGAAAUACUUUGGGACAGACUGAUUUUUCAUGAACAGCCCAUUGAGGAUUACUUCCCGUUUCCCUCAGAGUUUGGAAUUGGCUUGCGCUAUAAUUGUUAGAAGUGCAGUCCAGGGUUAUUUAAUGCAGUGCUUCUCAAAGUGGGGUCUGUGAAGCAUAGCUGGGGGUCCGUGAUUUUAUAAUUUAGUUACGGCAGUGGAAAUCACAAUCCACCAUUAUCAAAGUUUAACCGUUCACUUGUAGUGAAUGGGUUUAUCCUAAAGCUUUAAUGGGCAGAGGUUUUAUCCACUGGAUUAAAUAAAGUGAAGAAGAGCCAGUGAUUGCUAGCUAGCUAUUUACUAUUUUACUAUUUUUCCCCUUUAGAUACAUUAGUAUACCUCAUAAAUACAAAUAGGUGACAAAUUAAAGGAAAGUGUUAUAGUAAAGUGUUGUUCCACAAUGAGCCGUCAGUGAGUCUUGGCAACGAUUCUACAAAUCUCUGAACCCAGUUUGUGAAGGUCCGGUUACUCUUUAAUGCUUAAACAUGAAUGAUUUGUUUAUGGCUAUCAAUACGGCACACCAACUGCCACACUGGCACUUGACCUAACCACUACUGGCUAGUGCCAUGAACAAAUGAGACACAUGUUUUGAAUUUGAUUUGGAAAAUGUAUAAAUGUAUACUUCUCUGGCCAGUCAUCUUUAAACAUUGUUUUCAUCUUCA